GUUGAGGAUGCACAUUUGUUCCAGUGGGCGUGUUUUCAUUCAGUUAACGGGACUGGGAGAGAAGAGUAGAACUUGCAAAUCCAACCAAACUAAAAGAAGACGCAAUAGAAUAGAACUAGACAUAAAAUGCAGUUCGGCUCUUAAAGCAGUUAGGGUUCGCUUUUCGGAUCAAUGUCCUUAUAACGAAAUUAGGCCUGCAAGGACACUCUUUAACAGGCAUUUUUGCUCAUUCAGGCAUUCCCGGGAGUCCCAAGGCUAAAAGAAGACAAUGCAAAGCGAGAAAUCUGAGCCGAGCGGGCCGAAAGUCAUCGAGGGUGCUGGCCCAGGCGAGGCCGAGAAGAACGCACCUAGCCCCGGCAGCGAGGUGCAGACGCUUCCGCGGACCAAAGGCAUCAGCGCCGUGGCAGUGCUGUGGACUUUUGGGAAGUGUCUGGGGGCUUUGCUUCCCGUCUACCUGGCAGGGUACUACCGGGUCAGCACCAGCCUGCUGGUGUGCGGGAUGAUGGUGUACACCGGGUGGAAGCACGCCCGGGAGGCCAAGGAGGAGAGACUUAAGUCGGCCAUGCAGCUCCUCUGCGACGAGCAGGAGCACGGCCACUUGAAAAUGUCCAAGAUAAAGAAAGAUCUCCCUGCUUGGGUAAACUUUCCAGAUGUUGAGAAAGUGGAAUGGCUGAAUAAGGUGCUGCAGCAGGUGUGGCCCUUUGUUGGCCAGUACCUGGAGAAGCUCCUAGUGGAGACCAUCGCACCGUCCAUCCGAGCCUCCAGCAGCCACCUCCAGACGCUGAGUUUCACCAAAGUGGACAUGGGCACCAAGGCCAUGAAGGUGGUAGGGAUCAAGGCGCACACAGAGAACGACAAAGGACAAGUCCUGCUAGAUCUGUAUAUCAGCUAUGUCGGCAACGUGGAGAUCAAUGUGGAGGUGAAGAGAUACUUCUGCAAAGCUGGAGUCAAAGGAAUACAACUGCAUGGGAUGAUGCGGGUCAUUCUGGAGCCUCUGAUUGGUGACGUGCCCAUAGUGGGAGCGGUCACCAUGUUCUUCAUCCGCAGGCCUAAACUAGAUAUCAACUGGACCGGACUGACUAAUCUGUUGGAUAUCCCUGGACUGAAUGUCAUGUCUGACAGCAUGAUCAUGGAUGCCAUCGCCUCCUUCUUGGUGCUGCCCAACCGCCUGGUCGUUCCCCUGGUCCCAAACAUGCACGUGGGGCACCUCCGCUCCCCCUUGCCAAGGGGUGUGGUCCGGAUCCACCUGGUGGAGGCCCAGAACCUGGCUGCAAAGGACAACUACGUCAAAGGGGUCAUUGCCGGCUUGUCUGACCCCUAUGCCAUACUGAGGGUGGGUCCUCAGAUGUUCACCUCCCAGCACUUUGACAACACAGACUCGCCCAAGUGGGAGGAGAUGUACGAGGUGAUAGUCCAUGAAGUGCCUGGUCAGGAACUGGAGGUGGAAGUUUAUGACAAAGAUCCAGACCAGGAUGAUUUCCUGGGCAGGGCCAAACUGGAUUUAGGCAUCGUGAAGAAAUCCACAGCAGUUGAUGAUUGGUUCCCGCUGAAGGACACCCCGUCAGGUCGGGUCCAUCUCAGACUGGAGUGGUUGUCCUUGAUGUCCACGACUGAUCGCCUGGAGCAGAUCCUGAAGAGGAACGAGAGCGUGACCAGUAAGACGGCGGACCCACCCUCCUCCGCCAUUUUGGUCAUCUAUCUGGACAAGGCUGAAGCUCUUCCGAUGAAGAAGGGGAAUAAAAUGCCCAGCCCCAUGGUGCAGUUAUCUGUGCAGGACAUCACUCGAGAGAGCAAGACAUGUUACACUACUGUCGAUCCAGAGUGGGAGGAAGCAUUUACCUUCUUCAUCCAGGACCCACGCAAACAGGACAUUGACGUCCAGGUGAAGGACGUCGACCGUGUGCAGACAUUGGGCAGUCUGACUCUCCCUCUGUCCCGGCUGCUGUCCACUUCUACUCUUUCUCUGGACCAGAUGUUUGCACUGGACAACUCGGGGCCAGCGAGUCGCAUAUAUAUUAAUGCCGUUCUCCGAAUGCUGUGGUUGGAUGAGGAACGGAUCACGGCUGAUGUGUCAUCUCACCUGGAGUCUGGAGGCAAGCAGUUACCUCAGCAGACCUCUCCUCAUUCCAGCUUUGCAACGGAGGGCCUGCUGAGAAUCCACCUGCUGGCUGGGCAAAACCUCGUCCCCAAAGACAACCUGAUGGGGGGCAUGGUGAAGGGCAAGAGUGACCCCUACAUCAAGAUCAACAUGGGGGGAGAAACAUUCACCAGUGAGGUCAUCAAGGCCAAUCUUAACCCCACUUGGAACGAGAUGUACGAGGUGAUUUUGACCCAGCUGCCAGGUCAGGAGCUACAUCUGGAGGUGUUUGAUAAAGAUAUGGACAUGAAGGAUGACUUCAUGGGAAGGCUGAAGAUCAACCUGAAGGACAUCAUUGAUUCUCAGUACACGGAUCAGUGGUACACGCUCAGUGAUGUCAAGUCAGGUCGCGUUCACCUGGUACUUGAAUGGCUUCCAACAGCCUCAGAGGCAGACCAGCUGGAUCAGGUUCUUCAGUUCUACUCCAGGCAGUCCUACCACAACAAGGCGGUUCCAUCUGCAGGACUUCUCUUUGUCUUCGUUGAACAAGCAGAUGGUUUACCAGUGAAGAAGAGUGGAAAAGAGCCAAAAGUGGGAGCGGAGAUGCUUCUUGGAAAAACAUCCCGCAAAACUACUGUGUGUGAUCGUACUACAUCACCUCAGUGGAAUGAGGCGUUCUGCUUCCUGGUUCGUGACCCCAGAGAAGAGAAUCUUGUUGUCAAGCUCUCUCACAGCUGGACGUUGCCCAUGGGUUCCUUAGUCGUCCCAAUCAGAGAGCUCCUCUCUGAACCAGAACUGGUCCUGGAUCAGUGGUUCCAUCUGGACGGGGCCUCCCCAGAGAGUCAGAUUCUUCUUCGAGCUGAACUCAAGAUGCUGAUUCCGAGCAAAUGUCCCCAUGCCGGUCAUGAGGUGAAAUUCGCUUCCAAAGACUCCGACCGCUCUACCAAGCAGCAGAAACGGGAGGCAGAUGUGAUGCAAAAGUCAAGUUUGGUGGACGCUCCGGUAGAAACUCUUGUCUCCCAAGUGGCUUUGCAAGAAGAUGUUCAUGCUGCUGAUGUGAUGGACGAUGCAAAGGAAGAACCAUCAAGCCCCGCGGUGGUGAAACCUCCUCACACUUCCCCAGACCUCAACUUUGCUACUGAGGGGCUCAUGAGGAUUGUCCUCAUGGAGGCUCAGGAUCUGGUUGCCAAGGACAACUUCAUGGGUGGUAUGAAGAAGGGCAAGAGUGACCCCUAUGCAAAGGUCACCGUUGGAGAGGUGACAUUUAAGAGCAAUGUCAUCAAGGAGGAUCUCAGCCCCGUCUGGAACGAGAUGUAUCAGGCGGUGCUGAAGCCUCAGCCGGGUCAGGAAGUAAAUGUGGAGUUGUACGACAAAGACAUGGACGAAGAUGACUUUCUAGGAAGGUGCAACGUCAGCGUGGCUGACAUUAUCCGCUCCCAGUACUCAGACCAGUGGUACACUCUGAACGAUGUGAAGUCUGGUCGUGUUCGCCUCAUACUGGAGUGGGUACAAACGGUGUCCCAUAAUGGCACCCUGGACAAAGUGAUGCAGCUGCAGUCUUUGCAGUCCUUUCACAAUAAGACAAUUCCCUCUGCAGCUCUGCUCUUUGUUCAUGUGGACAGAGCACACCUAUUACCUUUCAAGAAAAGCGGAAAGGAGCCCAAGGCUGGCGCGGAGCUUGUUUUUGGCAACACAACCUACAGAACAAAGGUGUGUGAUCGCUCCAGAUCACCCGAGUGGAACGAGGCCUUCUACUUUUUGGUCCGUGACCCUGCUGAGGAGAUGCUGGUAGUAAAGCUGUCCAGUGCCUGGGACCAGCCGAUGGGAUCACUCGUGAUUCCUGUGAAAGAGCUCCUGUCAGAGCCUCAGCUGGUCCGGGAUGAGUGGAUGCCUCUGGAUGGAGCCUUGCCUGAGAGUGAGAUCCUACUGAGGGCUGAACUUAAGAUCUUGAACUCGAGGAUGACGGAUGCUCCGCAGCCUUGUGGUCCUGCUUCACAGCUGCCAUUCGAUGAUUUUUCUGCAGGAACCGACCAGCUGAAGCACCGUGAAGCAGCACAAGACGAUGCAGGGUGCAUUACAGUUCAGCCAGUGGUGGAGGACGCAGCAGAUACAGAAGAGUGUCACCCCCAGUCAGACCUACAAGAACCUACACAGGAAGUGACAGCGGAGGAUCCUGCUUUGGAUGACCUGGCCCAGUCCGCAAGACCUGGUCUUCCUGCUGAACCCUCCAGGCCAGAUGAUGAUGAUGAUGUUUGUCCACAGCACACUUCCACCCCCAGCCUGGACUUUGCCACUGAGGGGCUGCUGAGGAUUCACCUGCUGGAGGCCCAGAGUCUGGUAGCCAAGGACAACCUGAUGGGGGGCAUGGUGAAAGGCAAGAGUGACCCCUAUGUCAAGAUCAGCAUUGGAAGCGUUGUCUUCAAGAGCCACGUCAUCAAGGAGAAUCUCAACCCCACCUGGAACGAGAUGUAUGAGGUGGUUUUGAACAACCUCGGUGUCCAGGACAUCCACCUUGAAGCGUUUGAUAAAGAUUUAGACUCUGAUGACUUCCUGGGCAGGUUCAGCGUGAAACUGAGUGAGGUCUUCAGAUCCCAGUUGAUAGACCAGUGGUACACUCUGAACGAUGUCAAGUCGGGGCGGGUUCACUUGAUCCUGGAGUGGGUUCCUACCGUGGCACAUGCCAUCCAACUCGACAAGGUACUGCAGCUUCAAUCUCUCCAAUCUUUCAAAAACAAAGCGGUCCCCUCUGCCGCUUUGCUCUUCGUGCACGUGGAGCGAGCGCAUUCGUUACCUCUGAAGAAGAGCGGGAAGGAGCCCAAAGCAGGAGCCGAGCUUCUUCUUGGAGACACGAGCUACAAAACCAAACUGUGUGACCGCACAACCAGUCCCCAUUGGGGGGAGUCCUUCUACUUCCUGGUGCGUGACCCAAAACAGCAGAUGCUUGUGCUCAAGUUUUCCAGCGGCUGGGACCAGCCGAUGGGUUCGCUGGUGGUCUCCGUCAAGGAGCUGCUGGCUGAGCCACAGCUGGUCCUGGAUCAGUGGUUCCGCUUGGAUGGAGCAGCGGCUGACAGUAAGGUCCUGCUGAGGCUUCAGCUGAAGGUUCUGGAGUCCAGAAUGGUGGAGAUGAUCUGUAGUGGGACGCUGCCUUGUGCGGCUCCUGGUAGUGGAUCUGGGAACGGGCAGGUGAAGUUGUCGCUUUCCUAUGACUCACAAGACAGCAAGUUGAGCGUCGUCAUCCAUGCCUGCAGAGGUUUGUUGUGCACCAGCAAGGACGCGCUGGACAGCUACGUCACCCUCUUGCUGCUGCCGGACAAAAGCAAAGCCACCAAGAAGAAGACGACCGUCAAGAAACGAGAUCUCAACCCUGAAUUUAACGAGAGGUUUGACUACAAACUGCCUGUGGAGGAAGUGAAGCUCAAGCAGCUCAGCGUCUCAGUGAAGAAUAACUCCGCCUCCUUCAGAAGCCCUGACCUCAUUGGACAGGUGCUGAUCGAGUUGGCAGAGGUUGACGUCACGUCUGGAGUCACUGAGUGGUUCAUUCUGAGAGAUGAAGAGGAGCAGUGAAGAUAAACAUGGCAUGGCGCCAUUGCUGCAGCUCACAGAAAAUGCCUUCAGCUUUCUACUUCCGUAUAAUCACACAUCGCUGCCAUACGCACACACACAGAACCAGCGCACCUUCUUCUUACAUACGCUGCAAAACUCUCCACGCAUGAAUAUAAGACAAAAACACACACUCGCACAAUGAGGAGUGUUCCCAAGCGUGAAGCGAUACUCGGUACUGACUGGAGGAGAGUUUCAUAUACGAUGAAAGAACCGGCGAGAGUGGUCUUGAUUUGUGUUACGUUGUGUUGUCACCUGUGAAUGCCACUUCAGUGUUAAUUCUUCUUUUAGAACACAGCACCUUGCUUGCUUGUGUUUGACGCUGCUUUUUUAUGUGUGUUUUAUAAGAUCGUUGUUGUUUUGCUUUGCAUCAUUAAAAUCCGGUUUGGUUUGUGUAUAUUUGCAAGUACUAUUAUACACCAGGUGAGUGUUGAAAGAUGGGAUAUUAAAAAUAUUGCACCUCUAA